CAAAUUUCCCCGAAUCGAUGAAUGUGAAAGGGGAAGUUCUUAAGACCCAGACACAGAACAAAAUGGCGAGCAAAGACGGAGCGGUACCCAAUUACAAGAAUGACGACAAGGCUUAUAAAAAACUUAUUUAUGAUAUUAGCAUCAAUUUGACUUCGAAAAAUUUGGCUGACUCAAUGUUUUUAAGUGACCUUCCAGCUUAUUUAAGCUGAUUUCUUUUCAGAGAGUGUAUGUGAAAGAAUCAGCAAUGGAGGUCAACUGAUGGAGGCUUUUCAUAAGCAUGGAUUGAUUUCAUUUAACCGUAGUGGACUGGCUUAUCUAUCAGGAAUCUUAAAGGAUAUAAGAAGACAUGAUUUAUCUGGAAAAGUUGAUCGGUUCCUUGAAGGGAGGGAGGAAUCUACUUAUGCAUCUCAUGGCAAUGACAAGAAAGGAGAAAAACCUGCAGUAAAGAAAGAUGUUUAUAGCCCAAUAAGUCUGCUUGGACCAAGUGCUUUUACAGUGAGCAAGAAAGCAAAAAGUUGUGAAACACAUGCUUUAAAUGAGAAUGCUUCAAAAACAAAAGCCAUGACACCAAAAGAAAAUCCUAAAUUGUGCUAUGAAGUUGAUGAAAAUGACGAGUCUGAUAAAAUUGAUUAUGGUUUUUCAAAAAAGGGUUUUAAAAUGAAACUUAAUUUCACUGUGAGGAGUGAUAGUGAUUACUACGAAAUGGACAGUGAACAACAAGGGUAUUGCUUGAUAAUAAACAAUAUAGGUCAUGAAACACAACCACUGGAAACUAUAUUUAGUGGCAUGAAAUUUAAGGUUGAAAUGGCAGAAAAUAAAACUGCAAACGAAAUGCAGUCAAUAUUUCAGGGGUUGGCUAAUUCAAACCUUUCACGCUUCAAUUGCUUGGUAAUAUUCAUUUUGACUGAUGGGCAACAUAAUGAAACUUAUGGAUUUGAUGGAAAUAAACUUCACAUUGAUGACAUCCACGGCCCAUUCAAGUCCUGUCCAAGCUUAAAAAGGAAACCAAAGUUGUUCUUUUAUUCAUUUGUUCCUAAGAAUGCUAAAGCCAAGAGAGACGGGUCUAUUCAGUCUCUUAACUACGCUGAGUACCCAUCAGAGGCUGACUUUUGUGCUUUUUUUACAAUGCCAUCAGGUAUAUCACAUCUCUGCAAGCUAUUGGCCCAAGACCGCACCAUCCUUUUGGAUGAUUUGCUCAACCUGAUCAGAACACACGCAAAGGAAGAAAAUCAGGAAAUACCAUUGACUGUAGGCCAGCUCAGCAAAAAACUGAAAUUCAUCUAGCAUUAAUGUAUAUUUGCAAAUGGAAGACUAUCGAUUUAAUGUAUGUAGAUUACUGCACGUUAUAAAACCAAAUCUUCUUUCAUCGCCUGCUUUUAAAAAU